GAAACUCAGCUCUUCCAAACGCGCGUGCCAAGAUAGAGAGAGAGCAGCCAGUAGUGUACCGUUCAGUCAAGCAUUUCCUUCCCUCGUCAUCUCCGUUGCUUCCAAAUUACGUCAAAACGCACUGUUUUCUCCAUUGAAAGAGAAUUCCUCAGUUCUUUCCUAAAAAAAGCACUCUUCCUGUUAAUUUCUCAGUUCGAUCUCUUAUUUUCAAUGGAGCAAUCAUCGUAUUCAAAUCUUGCUACAACUCAUUUACUCGGCUCAGUUCCCGCUGUUCUUAAUGAAGAAAAGAAGGCCUCGUAUGAAGUUCCUGGAGCGAAUAUGCAAAUUUUCCCGCCAAGUAAUGGCGGCGGAGGUUAUCAAACUCUUGGAGCUCCAACUGAAGUAUUUGAACAACAGCCACCAAACAACUGGAAGGGAGUGUUUAGUAUCUCGUCAUACACACAGUAUUUUAAUGUGGAUACAGAUGUUGUCAUAAACAGAUUGAUAAGUUCCUUUUAUCCUAUUGGUGGAGAUUUUUUCAGCAAGAUUGAUGCAAACCCUGAUCUGUAUGGGCUUAUCUGGAUCACAACUACUUUGGUCUUUGUGCUUGCUUCCUUUGGAAACUGUGCCACAUACCUUACACAAAAGCACAGUGAUAGUUCUACUUCUUGGAGCUUUGAUGUCAGCUAUGUAAAUGUAGCAGCUUGUGGAGUUUAUGGUUAUGCAGUUGUGGUGCCAAUGGCAUUUUACUUCUUGCUUCGGUAUCUGGGUUCAAAUGCAAGCCUUAUAAGAUUUUGGUGCAUGUGGGGUUAUUCGCUGUCCAUUUUCAUCCCAACUGCAUUAAUACUGCUUAUUCCAGUUGAGAUUCUCCGAUGGAUCAUUAUACUCAUUGCUGGUACUGCCUCAGCAUGCUUUGUUGCAUUGAAUUUAAGAUCUUAUAUUGAGGGGAACGAUCUUCCAAUGAUGGUGGUUGCUUCAUUCUUGUUGCAAAUGGCCCUCGCAAUCUUCAUCAAGGUCUGGUUCUUUCCAUAAACUAUGUGGUCUAUCUGAGCACCUAAAACCCAAACUUUGCUGUGUCUACUCUGUUUUUGGGAAAUAUGUGAAAGGAGAUUAGUUUGAACGAAAUGUGUCUCAAAGAAAAGCUUCUGUGUUUUGGGAUUUAUUACUUGUUGAGUCAUAGUUUAGCGACAAAUUUGAAACAUGUAAUGGAAGUGAGUUCUAUGAGUCGAUGUUUUUAAUCAGGUUUAGCAAACGCCACUAAUUUGGUUUCGGAGUCAGUUGAUCUAAUUGACUAGGUGUUGUUGGACUACAACUUUUAAGAGACCAACAUCAUGAGAGCAACUAGAGUAAAUGUCAAUGUAACAUUUUAAAUCCUUGAAGAAAUCAUCUCAUUUGCACAUGGUUGUGUAAAAAUAAAGGUUGUCAUGGUUCUUUUUGUCAAUCUGUAAUUGUUACCGAAUGUAGUAAAGCAAAUUUUUGUGUCAAAAAUUAGGUUCCUUUGAAACAUAAACAGUCAUUGGCAUGAAGUUUCUGGGUAGAGUAGACUAUUUCAUUUGCCCAAAAAUGAACCAUAUUUCUCUUGACUA